UAGCGAAGAGCUGUUCUGAUCAUAUGGCGACUUUAUUUCAUGUUUUCCAAUUUCUUAAACAUAAGGAUGAAGAUGCAGAUAAAUAAUGAUGGUGCCAGCUUUGAAAAGAGAAAGUUGUUAUGCAAAUAUUCGCGCUUAUGGAAGGAUUAUAAAUAGUGCACAUUUGCGUGACUGUCUGUGAAAUAUAUAAUUUCAUAAUGUAAUGAUAGGAGGUGAAAUUGUGUCGAAAGGAUCGCAUACGCCUGACUAGAAUGGAAGUAUAUGGCAUGCUUGUUGUAAUUUGCAGUAUUUUACCGGUAUGCAUACCAGAGUGUCGUUUUGCUGAUUUCUUGCAAACGUACGGCGAUGAACCGUCGUGGUUUACUAAUUAUCCGGGUGAUAAUGAUGUCUCAAUAACGGUUAAAAACACUCGAAUGUUUAUGAGAGAAUGUAAAAUCCAAGGCUAUCGGGUUUGCAAAACUUCUGAAAGGCUAUGUAUUGUUGACAAAGGUAAUUAUAAAUAUAUGAUUCGAGAACUGCAAAGCGAUGUGCAGUCUUACGAACGUGAAACAAAAUACAUAUGUAUGCAGUUUAUACGACGCAGUAAGAGUGUUGUGCAAACUAAAGUAUCCAGAUAUGUGUCUCCAACUUCAUCGGAUUCGCUGUGCGAGGAAGAGGUAAUGGCACUUGACUUACACCCAAUGAUAUCGAGAGAACACGCUGAGGAAGAAAAUCCUUGCCCACUUAUUGGCGGGUUCGACUUUAAACUUUACCGUCCGGGCGAACAGGUACCUCUUUGCGACGAUAUAUUUCUGCCUCUGCGUAUUGAAAGUGACUGUACUUCGAAUGAAGGCAUAAAGCUUUACUUUCGUCGCAGAAACUGUUCAAGCCUGUUUGUAGGACGACCUAUUGAGCUUGAUCCAGUGCGUCUACGAUGUGUUGCCACAUGGAAAUAUCAACAGUUUACAUUUUCAAUCGUGAAAUGGCACGGAUCGCCCGAUUUUUGGUGUAUUCGAGUUUUGUAUGUCAAUAAUGAUAUAAAUGCAGUCAACAUAUAUUUCAAUGGUAACUGUCCACUAGAUAACAGAAAAUUAGAUCGGAUGUUGAUAUUGAAACAUUUCAAAAUACAUCAUGUAACUAAUAUUUGUGAAGAUGAAAAUUUAGUUUGCAGCUAUCAUCAUUGUUCAACACACGUCCGCGACAACUGUAAGUUAUCAUGUAGCUUGUGCGAACCUGAAAAAGAAGAGCGUCCAUGUGUUUUUCCUGGAAAGUUUCGAGGCUUUUGGAACAGCUUGGAAGGUCCAGUAAGAAGUGCUUUAGUAAUUGAUAACGAAACGCUAACCCACCAAAGUCAGACAUGGUUUUGCGUCACUUCAACUACCAGCGAAAAUCUUCGUCAAAGAAAAGUUUUAAAACUUAAAUUUGAAAACGGAUGUCAUCCGCGUUACAUGUGCGUUGAUAUUGAACAACCCGCUGAGUCUGUGCUUCGCUACCGAACUGGUUCGGAGUUGCACUGGCCAAUCAAAGGCUUGGAAGAAGUCUGCGAAGAUAGGCAUUUUGACUAUUCCCCUGCUACUUCAGAUGUCACGGGUGUAGCACCAACAUCAGGUCCAUGGGUGUAUUUUAUAAAUGACGUUCCAAAGUUUGUUACGUGCAAUCUACCCUGGUACAUUCCAAAAUCGUCUUUUUAUGACAUGUACGAUAGCACCAAUCAUUUGGCCAAUCAAGGAUGCCUUAUAAAUGGUAAUGGCAGUCCGGGGCAUGUCUUGCACUUGUAUUACACGUACAAAGAUAGAAGUAAUCAGUGGAGAAUUCAACUGAAGAAAACAUUCGUUUGCUUAGCUUCUAUUAGAUUUAUAGGAGAAAAUGAUGUGCUCAUUACUCAAAACAUUGACGAGGGUGUGUAUAUGUGUUGGUCGUUCUAUAGAGACCAUUCCAGGAAUUACGUUUAUAUUUUUGGCGCAAAAGACUGUGGAAAUGGCACAAACAUGCAACUCGUCAUUUAUAGCGCCAAACGAGCUCUAGCCACACUUGUGUUAAAUAGGAAUUCUACUGAGUGCGACUUUUUAAAUGCGGAUAACGAUAAGAUCAUGACAAGAAGAAGCGAUGAUGCUCUUGUCAACCUGACGGAAAAUGUCGUAGGAUCUUCGACUGCAACAACUACGUUACAUAUUUUCGCAGCUUUUAUAAUUUGUGCAAUAACGUGUUCAAUUACUUAGCUGCCAGUGUUUAUUAUCAUCACGAAAUUAAUCUUUUCAUAUGCAAAUUUGUUUGGUCAUAUCGAACUUCCGAAUAUCAAAAAAUGCUAUGGUCAAUGUUUAACGAGUAUUGAAACAUUAUAUAUAAUAUUGUGUUGAUUUAUGUUCUUUGUAUUUAUUCAUCUUUUAUAUAUUUAUUCCUUUGUUACUUUAAUAUUAGUAUGAAUUAAUAAUAUUAGCUGCACAUGUUCAAGUUUAUAUCGCAGAUGUUUAUAAUAAUUUCUCAAAAUUUGAACUUGCACGCCAGGUCUUUAUUCAAAACUAAUGUGUUGAAUUUAAGUAUACAAAUAGCAAUCAUAAUUAGUUACACAUGUUUCAGUUUCCAACUCAUUGCAGUAAUUUAACGAUCAUCCGCGAUGACGGACAAAUCAAAUUAAAAUAAGGCGAUUUGUUGCAGUCAAUAACUCAUCUAUCCCGCUGUUUGCUACAUAAACAAGCAAAUGAACAUAACGAAUUAGUAUCGUUAGUAAACGAUAGUAUAUGUGGACGAGUACAUAGCUAACCAUUAAUUGGUAUCAAAAUGUGCUUGGUAGUUUAACAAUACCCCGUUCAAUUGUUUGCGACUGAAAAUUAGCUAUUCGCUUCGACGCGUGUGUUUAUGUAAAUACAUGUAGAAUGAUUACAAAUUCUUUGUUGUGUUUUCUUUUAUCGGUUUACGUUCGCUUUCUUACUAAAUGCAUAUAUACAAAUAAGUAGUUUUAUCUUUCAGGACUUCAAAUUUGUGUACGCAUUAAAUGGUUAAAUGAGUGAAAUAAUUAUUUAUUUCGUGCAUAAUAAAAGGUUCACGACUUCUUUGAUUAGUCGUUGUACCUUUUAACAGACUCAUUUAGCAGUCUGAUUUAUCUGUUUGGGAAUGUUGUUUUUAAUGGUGGAUGGUUGCAUUUUAUUUUAACACACGAUGUUAAUUUAGCGGGUGCAUUUGUUUGUACGAUAUGUUGAUAUUCUAUGCAAAACAAUAAGCAAGUGUUAAUAUUUAUAUAUGUUUAUUAUUCUACUGGUUAUGUUGGAUUAAUGUAAUUAUUUGAAUAAUUGUACAUCUACAUUCCUUUUUAAAAUGCGCACAGCUUCAUUUCUCUAUUUCGAGGUCUUUGGGACUGUCAAAUAUAACUCAAAAUAGAAAAAUUUGAAACAUACAUGUUUUCUGUUGAAAUUAUUGUAUAUGAUAAAUUAAACUGUGUCGACGAUUAUAUUGUGCAGACAAUAGAUAAUAAUAUGUACAGACGCAUGAAGAGUUGCAAAUAUAUUUUGUUUCGAUAAAUUUAUUUCGUAAAAAUAAAUUUGAUAAAAUAAUCGGAACCGGAAAAAAGGAUCGAAAUAGUGAUUAAUUACAAUUAACGGCGUUUGAAAUUGCGUUGAUACACUGUCAGUUUUCGAAAUACAGUUAUACUAUUUUUAAGAAAUUUAAUGCAGAAUUUAGGCGUACAAUGUGUUGUGAGGAUUGGUUGUCCCUCAGAUUGAUUUGUUUGCUAUCCUGAAUAAUUUAUUGUGUUAAAGAUGUAAUACGAUUCCAUAUGAUGACAUUUUGUAAUACGACUGUUCAGGUAACAAAGAUUUACAAUGUUAGAAGCGCAAUGGUUAUAUUUUUACUAGUUUUUUCAUGUUGUUUGUAAAUACAAUGUAUCGGGAUAGUUCGCUAUGCGCAGCUUGUAUUAUCGUAUUUGUUCAUUUACAGUGUACGUGUUAACUGUUAAAUAAUGUCUUACAAAAAUGGCAUUAUAAACAAGUAUGUUACUUGAAAAUAAAACGCAAUCUUCA